GGCAUGGGAUGUUAAAUAACUGUACAUUCCACCCACUCUUUUGCUACUUUAAUCCCUCCAGUCGUUUCUAGACCCAAACUCCCUACCUUUUUGCAUGUUGUACAACCCAACUUUGAAUUCUGCUUGACAAGCCAGGGGUUAUACGUUUGUUUGUUGUUGAACUGCAAAUUGCACCUGCUCAGAGCACUUUGUCGGUGAAUGCAAUGUCCCCCAGCUUCCCGUCUCCCUCUGAGUCUGACUCGCUAGUAGGCUUACUAGCUAGUGGAGGUGCCAGUGGUGAUACACUGGCGGGAUUAGUAUCGCUGCUAGCUAUAGCAUCGCCAUCAGGAACAGUUUGCCCCGUACUCCUCUCCUCCGGCACUGACAGUUCUCUGGCUCGUUCCGGGUUUGAUUCACCAUCUUUCUCUAGGUUUUUGGACUUGAAAAAUGUAAUCAAAAUCGAUUGCCUUUUCUUAUCCAUUUAAAAAAAAAAUCUUUCCCAUGAUUCAAAUUCAGUAGAGAUGACUAGCCUAGGUGACGUGAUUACGUAGGGACCUCUUCACUAGCUGACCACCACUCCCCAUAACCUCUAUGUACAAAUAAGAGAGCAGGUCUGGAAUCAGUGUGACAGUAUAGGAUGAUUACACAGAAGGAUCACCACACUUUUACAUGAUGGUCUUUCUGGGGGGGCAGGAGAAAUAACAAGGAGGCAACUUGAUUUAACGCUGAUUGCUUUUAUUAGAAUGUCUGUAGUGCGAACAGUUAAACAAUUAAUAAAUCAUGCCGCGUACCAGAUCCGGGCAAAUAGGUGCCGGAACAAACAAAGUCAAAUCUGAUAGGUGCCGGAUCCUGUCCUCAAAUUAAGCACUGCCUACAGAUGGAACAUUAUGGAGUCUUAAAUGAGGCCUCGGUAAGUCCAGUGGCAACCUGUCAUUCAGGGAUUUCCGGUUUUGCAUGUUAUUUUGACAUUAAUACAUGUCAAAUAUCCGUCAAACAAAAAAUAUAUAUCAUUGUGUUAAUAAAGUCGCAUACAAACAUGGUCUCUUUUUUGUUUUCUUGAGUAAGGCAGCUCCAAAAUGCAGGUGUUUCAGCCUAGCUCAGUGCUUUCUGUGGUGGUGGGGCAAGCCAGCAGAAAAUACAGUGCGUUGCGCUUUGAUUGGCUCAGUGUUCUGUCACUCAUGGGAACACUACCUCUCCGCCAAGUUUAAGGGUAGAGCUAGAAAAUUCAAGCCCCUUGGGUGCUGCCAUAGAGUUAUAUUAGAAGUGGCCAUCUAAGAAGGCUCAAGGUCAUUGGCCACAGAUAAAAUUACGUCAAAUCACAUAUCUACAGUAGCUUUGAUUGGACAUGUCAACAUCAUACUUUCAAAAACUUAGCUAGCAGUCAUCAUGAAUCAAGUUGACAAUCUACUUGCAAAUCCUUUUUAAUCCUUGUCAUACAGUUGAAAUUGGAAGUUUACAUACACCUAGGUGGGAGUCAUUAAAACUUGUUUUUCAACCACUCCACACAUUUCUUGUUAACAAACUAGAGAGUUUUGGCAAGUCGGUUAGGACAUCUUGUGCAUGACACAAGUAAUUUUCCAACAAUUGUUUACAGAUAGAUUAUUUCACUUAUAAUUCACUGUAUCACAAUUCCAGUGGGCCAGAAGUUUACAUACACAAAGUUGACUGUGCCUUUAAACAGCUUGGAAAUUGUCAUGCCUUAAGAAGCUUCGGAUAGGCUAAUUGACAUCUGAGUCAACAGGAGGUGGAUGUAUUUCAAAGCCUACCUUCAAACGCAGUAACUCUGCUUGACAUCAUGGGAAAAUCAAAAGAAAUCAGCCAAGAGCUCAGAAAAAAAAUUGUAGACCUGCACAAGUCUGGUUCAUCCUUGGGAGGAAUUUUCAAAUGCCUGAAGGUACCACAUUCAUCUUUGCAAACAAUAGUAUGCAAGUAUAAACACCAACUGGGACCUAGGGAAAAACGAGCUACGACUGGGAAAAUACAUUUUGAACUUUCAUCCAACUAGGAAUUGUAAAUUCGGAACUCGUGCAUCUUUCUAGAGCAGGCCUGGGCAAUUCCAGUCCUUGGGGGCAUGAUUGGUGUCACGCUUUUCCCCAUCCCUAGCAAAUGCACCUGAUUUAAACUAAUUGCAUUUUUUUAUGAAGAUCAUGAUUAGUUAAUUAUUGGAGUUGAGCGUGUUAGCUGGGGCUGGGGUAAAAGUGUGACACCAGUCAGGCCCCCGAGUUGCCCAGGCCUGUCUAGAGCUACUACCUAAAGAUCACUGAUGUUAUCAUGGUUCUACCCUAUUUUCACCUCUUAAUUUCACCUACUGUUCUGACUUGGUGGUGCACAUGUAGCCUAUAACCUGUUUUUGAGAAAUGUAAUCAUUGAAUAUUAUAAGAGACUUCAUUGUCUGCUUAUAUGCCCCCUUUAUUUAUCCUACUGUUCUGACUUGGUGUACAGGGAGAACACCCUAAGAACGGCCCUUGUUCUGAAUUCUAUUGCUGUACAUUUCAAAAGUGCUGAACAAAUUGUUAUAUUGACUACGUCCGUCCUAGCUUGCUCAUUAAUGUCUUAAUCGAAAUUAUGGAUUGCCUCUUAUCCACUUGUCGUCCCCUUAUGCAAUAGUUUGUACUGUAUAUCUCAAUUGUCAGUAGAAACUACAUUUGUUUAGGCAAGUCAGCCAUAUCAGCUAUGUUUUUAAAAGGCAGUAAAUGAGGCUGAAUUAACUGUUUCGCUGCCAGACAAGGCUCCGCUGAGAGCCAAGGCUCCGCUGAUAGACAGGUGUAGCAGUGGCUGUGUUGGGACUCUGAUGUUGGUACAGCUUUAUGUAGGACCUAACAGUUUGUGGACACCGUUAGUCACCGUUAUAGUGCUUUUUGGGUUUUUUUACCCCACCAAGAUUUCCAUGCUAUAAUCGCCACUGGGUAAUGCCAAAUCAAAUUUCAUACAUAUGACAACUUUUUAAUUAUUUAUAAAUUAUGCUUUUAGCUACAAAAGUCAUGUAUGUAUGUAUGUGUGUUUGUGUGUGUGUGUGUGUGUUUUUUACAUUUUUGGAAAUGUAUAACAUUUACGUAAAAAUUCAGACCCUUUACUCAGUACUUUGUUGAAGCACCUUUGGCAGUGAUCACAACCUUGAGUCUUCUUAGGUAUGAUGCUACAAGCUUGGCACACCUGUAUUUGGGGAGUUUCUCCCAUUUCUUGUCUGCAGAUCCUCAAACUCUGUCAGGUUGGAUGGGGAGUGUCGAUGCACAGCUAUUUUCAGGUCUCAGAGUUGUUCGAUCGGGUGUAUGUCCGGGCUCUGUCUGGGCCACUCAAGGAUAUUCAGAGACUUGUUCUGAAGCCGCUCAUGUGUUGUCUUGGCUGUGUGCUUAGGGUGGUUGUCCUCUUGGAAGGUGAACCUUCACCUCAGUCUGAGGUCCUGAGAGCUUUGGAGUAGGUUUUCAUCAAGGAUCUCUCUGUACUUUGCUCCGUUCAUCUUUCCCUUGAUCCUGACUAGUCUCCCAGUCCUUGCUGCUGAAAACAUCCCCACAGAAUGAUGCUGCCACCACCAUGCUUCCUCGUAGGAAUGGUGCCAGGUUUUCUCCAGACGUGACGCUUGGCAUUCAGGCCAAAGAGUUCAGUCUUGGAUUCAUCACACCAGAGAAUCUUGUUUCUCAUGUUCUGAGAGUCCAUUAGGUGCCUUUUGGCAAACUCCAAGCGGGCUGUCAUGUGCCUUUUACUGAGGAGUGUCUUCCGUAUGGCCACUCUACCAUAAAGGCCUGAUUGGUGGAGUGCUGUAGAGAUGGUUGUCCUUCUGGAAAGUUCUCCCAUCUCCGCAGAGGAACUCUGGAGCUCAGUCAGAGUGAUCAUCGGGUUGCUGGUCACCUCUCUGACCAAGGCCCUUCUCCCCCGAUUGAUCAGUUUGGUCGGGCGGCCAGCUCAAGGAAGAGUCUUGGUGGUUCCAAACUUCUUCCAUAUAAGAAUGAUGGAGGCCACUGUGUUCUUGAGGACCUUCAAUAUUGCAGAAAUGUUUUGGUACAUUUCCCCAGAUCUGUGCCUCGACACAAUCCUGUCUCUAUGGACAAUUCCUUCGACCUCAUGGCUUGGUUUUGGCUCUGACAUGCACUGUCAACUGUGGGACCAGUGUGUGCCUUUCCAAAUCAUGUCCAAUCAGUUGAAUUUUCCACAGGUGAAACAUCAAGGAUGAUCAAUGGAAAUAAGAUGCAUCUGAGCUCAAUUUCCAGUCUCAUAGGGAAGGGUCUGAAUACUUAUGUAAAUAAGGUAUUUUUGUUUUUUUUCGUUUUAAUGCAUUUGCAAACAUUUCUAAAAACCUGUUUUCGCUUUGUCAUUAUUGGGUAUUGUGUGGAGAUUGAGGAAAAACAUGAAUUUAAUCAAUUUUAGAGUAAAGCUCUAACAUAACAAAAUGUGGGGAAAUUAAAGGGUUCUGAAUACAAAUCCCCAAAAUAAUAACAUUUCUUUGUCCUGGUUUCGAGGAAUCACUAUUUUUUUAUGGAUAAACCAAGUGUAUAAAAAGUUACAAGCUAAAGGAUGUUACUUUAGUAACAAGAAUAAAUCCCAAGUUUGACAAGAACAAAUUUUAUUCUUAAUUCUUAGUUUACCUCCCUAUGCAAUUUACUGUGUAGCCUACACAAGUAAAUGAGUCAUCAUAAUAAUUUUUGAACACUAAUGCGUGCCUUUUUCUGCAUUUGUGCAGUGAAUCCUUAGUGCUGGUAGCCUAUAUUAUUUUCAGAUGUAUUGCAUUAUAUAUUUUUAUGGCUGAGUUGGUAGAGCAUGGCGCUUGCCACGCCAGGGUGUGAGUUUGAUUCCCACGGGGGACCAGUACGAAAAAAAGGUAUGUUAAAUCUAUGCACUCACUUCUGUUAGUCGUUCUGCAUAAGAGCGUCUGCUAAAUGACUCAAAUGUGAAUGUAUAGAAGGCGUCGUUUGGUUAUUGUAAAGGUGCAGAAGGGUAACCCCUCCCUUCUGGGGCACAUCUAUAGAUAUAAAUCCUUUGCCACCGCUGCCGCUCCUCUUCAUUCGCAGUGGUGGUGCUAUCCGUCUCCAAAGUUUUCCCGCGUCUACGCUUUCUACAUCUACACUUUCAACAUUUACAUAAACGUGUAUUUCAGUUGCAUAUAUUUUGCCAAGAGUUUGGUUCAUGUUUGCUCUACUAGCCAAUGUUUUACCUGUAGCCGGACGUGGACAUUGGCAUAGGUGCCAAAUUGUUUUAGUUUUUAUCAGUAAAACUGUGACAUUUUGCUUCAAAUUAUGACUUUCUUUAGUCCAAAUAUUAGUAAUAUAAGUUUGGAAACGGAAUUGGCAGAGAAUUUGCCCCGGGAUGAGCGCUUGGCUCGAGUUGAAAUAGCCCUUUUAAGCAUAAUAUUUUUCUGUGGAGCAAUCUUAAAUUUUGGACUGCUAUUUGUGCUGUGGAAGCGGAGGAAGCAGCUCUCGAGGAUGCGCGUCUUUGUUUUUCACCUUUGCCUGGCAGACCUGGUUGUCACAUUUUUCCAAGUUUGUCCGCAGCUGAUGUGGGAUGUAACGGACAGAUUCUUCGGUCCUGACGUUUUGUGCCGCCUGGUGAAAUACCUGCAGGUCGUUGGCAUGUUUGCCUCCACUUACAUGAUUGUAGUGAUGACCAUUGAUCGCUACCAAGCAAUCUGUAACCCAAUGGUUACUUUCCAGAGGCGGAGAGCGCGCUGGAACGUGCCUGUGUGCGUUGCUUGGUCUGUAUCCCUCAUCGGGAGUCUCCCUCAAGUGUUCAUCUUCUCCCGAGUUCAAAUCGCGCCUGGUGUCUAUGACUGCUGGGCUGACUUCAUCAAACCGUGGGGGCUAAAAGCUUACGUGACCUGGACCACUCUAGUGAUAUUUGUCUUGCCCAUCUUAACUGUUAUCGUGUGCCAGGUGCGUAUUUGCCGAGCUGUUCAAAUCAACUUUCACAUGAAAACUCAUCAAGUAUCGACAUUUCUCGCCAAGCCGCUGCCCUCCAGGGCAAGUAGCGUUGCUGGGGUGUCCAAAGCCAGGAUCAAGACCGUGAAGAUGACUUUGGUCAUUGUUCUUGCCUACAUUAUCUGUUGGACUCCUUUCUUCACUGCCCAGUUGUGGUCCGUCUGGGAUGUCCAAGCACCCACUGAGACUGCCACUUUCACCAUCCUGAUGCUCCUGGCGAGUCUGAACAGCUGUGCAAACCCCUGCAUCUACCUGCUCUUCAGUGGGAAGCGCCCCAAGAUACGUAUGGCUUUGGUGUGUGUUAGCCAGUCGGACAUGAAUGACUCCAUACAAGAGGACGCCACUGUGGUUAGCUCGCGGUACAGUUCCAAGAGCCUUUCUAACUCCAGAUGAAACAAGUUGACCAGAGCUCAGUCUGGCUCAGGGGUGAUUGGUGUCGCACUUUUUCUCCAUCCCUAGCAAACACAGUGAUUAAUGCUGAUAGAGCUUGGUGUAAAUAGGUGUAAAGAGCAUAUAUUAAAUAUUCAGCUCACUAAGCAUAGCUGCGGGAAGUAGUGGUGCUGCAGCACCCCCUGAAAAAUCAGAAUACCUUUUGAAUAAUUUUGAGAAUAAAAAAUUCACACACA